UCCGUGAUUUUUACCGGUGGCAACGCCGUGAUUUUUACCGGUGGUAACGCCGUGAUUUUUACCGGGGUCAACUCCGUGAUUUUUACCGGUGGCAACGCCGUGAUUUUUACCGGUGGCAACGCCGUGAUUUUACCGGGAGCAAUCCAAGAUUUACCUAUCAACCAAAACCCUUCCCUGCUAAAGAAGUUGAAGGAAGCCGCUGACCGACCUGAAGAAAUCAACAAGAACCGGAACCAGACCAUAAAUAUUGAGAGAAUUGUUUGUUGUUAAUUAAUAUUUUAAGAUUUAAGAGUAUAAUAAAAGUAAAACCUUUUGAUUAAAGUUAAGUGCUUACUUUAAUUUGUACUUUGGAAUCCGGCGAGCGAAACCUCAGCCUUUGACAAAAAAGCACAUCGCAAAUUGGCGCCCGAGCAGGGACCUUAAAGGUCUUUACCGAAAACAAACAAACUCUUAAAUCUUAAAAAGGGCAAAAACGGCCUAAAACAACAUUCAAUUUAAUUAAUAACAAUUUGGUCACCAAAAACAUUUCUGAACUCUUCGAUUUUUUUUUAAUUCUGUACCCUUACCUAAAAGUAAGGCGACCUUCAAGGUCGAACAAACUUAUUAAAUUAAAAAAAAAAAACAAAUUUUUAUACCGAACCUGCACCGAACCGAAAGGUUACACACCGACCGUACCUCCACCGAACCAAGAGGUUACAUACCGCCUAUUUUUUUUUAAUCCCAAGAGGAUUAAAAAAAAAAAACAAAAACCGAAAAAUUACCGUACCCGUACCGAACCGAAAGGUUAUCUACCGUCCGUAUCUUUAAAAUCCCACGAGGUCCAACAAAUCAACCGAGAGGUUACCGUAACUGCACCGAACCGAAAGGUUACCCACCGUACAAAAUCCCUAGAGGUCCAAACGCAACCGAAAAACAUCCGUACCCGAACCCGACCGAAUUCCCGUUUUAAGCCAAAAUGUCUGAAGAAGGCGAUAGCUUCGACAUAUUUACCAGUAUAGGAGCAAUUUAUCUCCUUAAUAAGGAGGAGCUCAAGCAAAGGAUGGCUCAACUAGGCCUGAGUACCGAAGGUACCGUGGCUGCCCUGCGUGCAAGCUUCAGCGCACACAUCAAAGAAGCCAGAGUCCGAAAAUCCAUGCAAAACUUGUGUGAAGAAAUGGAAAGGUUGGUUGCCGAAAGAGAGUAUCAUGAAGACGCCCCUCCAACUAUCCCCGUUUCUUCCAAAGACUCUUUUGAAAUCGAGAGCGUCACUGUAUAUCCGAGUGGAUCUAAUACGAACGGAAAGAUUCAGCAACCAGAGUAUACAGAAUACCAGUACCGAGUACCAGAGUUACAAAAACAUCAGAAACCGAUAUAUACCCCAGCUACUUACGCUGCAAUCAACGACCUGGAGAAGAUGACUCGGCACCCUGAUUAUAGAGAUUGGUACUACCCAUCAAAUCUUCCAAGACCAGCCGUUACGACUAUCACUUCAGCAGCCCAUACCGCUAUUACUGAGUUUGAACAGAUGACGAAGUUACCGGAAUACCGACCUCUUUACUAUCCGGAUGAAGAUACUCAAAAUACGGGGCCAAAAACGACAAUGUCAUACGUCCCAUGUUCGUUACCGGGGCAACACAAAACCGCCAAUAGAAUACCGAACGUAGAGACGCCCACCACUUCAGUGGCUGCUCAAUUGCCAAGCCACAACCCAAGGGCUAACUACCCAAGAACAAUCUUACCAGAAGGAUGGUCAUGCGAUAGAAUUCCGAUGAACCGUGAAGCCGAGGUAUUGAAUGUAGUCCGAAAAUGGGGUCUACGAUUCGACGGCUCCGGGAGUGCAUUAGAAUUUAUAAAACGCAUAGAAGAGCUUACCGAAUCAUACAGGAUACAGUCGGGUGACAUGUCGCGGGCUAUCCCAGAAAUUUUCCGAGGAACAGCUUUAGAAUGGUACCGUAUUAAUCGAGGAGGGUUUCGAAGCUGGGAAGACUUCCACCAAGCAUUCCUAGGACAUUUCCUCCCCAUUCGGUUCGUUCACAAAUUGGAGGAUGAAAUCUCCAGAAAAAGACAAGGCCCUCGAGAAAAGGCCAAGGAUUUCAUCAGGGCAACCCAGUACUUGAUUCACCAACAUCCUACUAUGCGCAUAACAGAUAACAUCGAUCGCAUCUACGAUCGGCUCCGCCCCGAAUAUCACCUUUACAUCCGUCGCAAAGAUUUUAAAACCCUAGAAGAAUUAACCGGACUAGCGGAAGAAUUUGAAUUCAUACAAAAUGAAAGCCGAAACCAAACUCCUGCUACUGUGCCCGCCAAGACAAACCCAAGAAACCCGUUCAGAAAUACAAGUGAGCAAUUUGACAGACGCCCUGUCGAAGUUUACGACCGCAAAACGCAUUGUUGGAAAUGCAAACAAAGGGGCCACUCUCAAGCCAACUGUCUAAGGCCCUUCCGUAAAUUUUGUUCUUUCUGUGGGAAGGACGGUAUAUUGACCCGAGACUGCUCUUGCCAUACGCAAGAUGCAGCUAUACUGAGCGACCUACCUAAGCCGACAGAACCGACCGUAAAAACCGAAUCCCCGAUACCCGACACCACCGAGCAUACUGCCCUAAAGGCGAAUGAGGUAGAAACCGACGAGUCAAAUCACAUUAAUAACCCAUGUGAACAUAAGGAAUUAGAAACCCUCGCGAUACAAGAAGGGAACCCAAAACUUGAAGACGCGAUUCCGGGACAGGCUGAAACGCCUCAGAUUGAAGUCAACUUAGACCCACGUUACUUUAUACCCAUAGUGAUAAACGGACUUCAGCUAUCAGCUUUGAUCGAUACUGGGGCCACGAAAUCUUUCAUUAACAAGAAAGUAAGACGGCUUUUAAAGAAGAAAAAGGUACCAAUGCGGGACUUACCGCAUUCCGUUCGGAUGGCGAAUGGUGCCCCAGUAUAUAGUAACGAACACUACAACGUGUCUAUUUGCAUAGGAAACGAGGAAGUGCAAGGGGAAUUGACAUACUUUAAACAGUUGAAACAAGAUGUCAUCCUUGGAAUGGACCUCCUUAACCUGUUCGAUUUUGUAAUGACAAUCAAAGGGAAGGAGAUAAAGACAUUAGAGAUUCCACAAGUAUGCUCCAAGGAUCAAAUGUGCGUUUUAGGGGGCAAACCUCUUUCGUUAACACAACAAGACCGUCUAAAUGAGUUGCUAAACCGAGAAUUACCCAAUUUCGACAGAUUGCCUAAUUUAACUAACGCUGCAGUACACCGUAUUCGACUAAAGACAAACGAACCGUUUCGUCAAAGAUACUAUCCCAGAAACCCCGCUAUGCAAAGAAUAAUAGACGAAGAAAUUGAUGAGCUGCUUGCAGAUGGGAGGAUCGAACCUUCUAAUAGUCCUUAUAGCUCGCCCAUAGUCCUUGUAAAAAAGAAGAACGGAACUUGGAGAGUAUGCGUUGAUUACAGACAGUUGAAUGAGAUUUCUAUAAUGGAUGCCUACCCGCUACCGCAAAUAUUGGCCGUAUUAGAUAAAUUGAAACAGGCUAAUUUCAUAUCCACAAUCGACCUUAAACAAGGAUACUGGCAAAUUCCUUUAGAGGAAGAAUCCCGCCCGGUUACCGCUUUUACCGUCCCUGGACGGGGUCUGUUUCAAUGGAGAGUGUUACCAUGUGGGUUGAAUUCUUCUGCAGCAACAUUCCAGCGGAUGCUAGAUUCAGUUCUCGGUCCAGAAAUGGACCCUUUUGCUUUUGCUUACCUUGAUGACAUAAUAGUCAUUAGCAAAACUUUUGAAGAACAUCUAGAACACUUGAAAGAAGUAUUUAAACGACUGCAAGCUGCACAUUUGAGAAUCAACCGCGAGAAAUGCGAAUUUUGCAAGAGAGAGCUGAAAUACCUUGGAUAUGUCGUAAGUGAUCAGGGUAUAAGUACCGACCCAGACAAAAUAUCCGCAGUACGAGAACUAAAUGCACCCAGAAAUGUUAGAGAACUACGCCGGGUACUGGGAAUUGCUUCCUGGUAUCGACGUUUCAUCAAAAGCUUUUCAGUAAUAGCCACUCCGCUCACCCAAUUACUAAAAAAGAUAAAAAGUGGGAAUGGGGCCCAUCGCAAGAAGCAGCAUUCAAUCUAAUGAAAGACAAGCUAACAGAAGCCCCUGUUUUAAUGUGUCCUAACUUCGAGUUACCGUUUACGCUCCAGACUGAUGCAAGCCAAUACGGCUUAGGAGUUGUCCUAUCCCAAAACACUAAAGGACAAGAGCGAGUCAUCGCGUACGCGAGCCGAACACUCACCGACCUAGAAAAAAAAUAUACAGUCACCGAGAAAGAAUGUUUAGCCAUCUUAUGGGGAAUACGCAAGAUGCGACCCUAUUUAGAGGGUUACCACUUUACAGUCGUGACCGACCACCAUUCGCUCAAAUGGUUACAUUCCUUAGAGAAUCCUUCAGGAAGACUUGCGAGGUGGGCUAUAGAGAUGCAACAAUACGACUUUAACAUCGUUUACCGAAAGGGUGCCAUGAACGUGGUAGCAGAUACCUUGUCAAGAGAUCCACUACCUAUCACAGAUAGUGAGUUGGCCAUGUUGAGCGAGGAGCAAGAAGAUUGGACCCAAAAGCGCUUAAGACAAGUAGAAAAAGACCCUGUGAAAUAAACCGAAUAUCAGAUACGAGAGAACCGAUUAUACAAGAAAUUUGAGGCACAUCCCUUAGCAGACCAAAGUUUCAAUUGGAAGUGGUGUGUACCCACAACUGAUCGAAAUCAAAUCAUGAAAGAAAAUCAUGAUGCGACAACCGCAGGUCAUUUGGGCGUCGCCAAGACGAUCUCUCGUAUAAUGAGAACAUAUUAUUGGCCAGGAAUGUGUCGAGACA